UUGUUUUUCAAAAAUUACAAUUAUAUUUUUAUUUCAGGAAUUUUUAUAAAUACAAGAGGCAAUUCCAAGUUAUUCAUAUACCAAAAUCACACAUUCCGGUUUAUGUACAAAAGAGCAUAUGGCAGUCAACUAUGGUAUUGUUGGUAUUUCUUCAGUCGAUGUUGUCCAGCAAAACUUCGGAUAGACAACUCUGGUAAAGUAACUGCAAGUAUUGGCCAGCAUAAUCAUGACCCUCCAACUUGUUGGAUGACCCCUGAUGGUAAAUCUUAUAGUCUACCUCCGCUCCCUGACAGAGGCGCACCAUCAUAA